UCAGUCGCUGAUUUGACCGCCAAACAAACGCAACGCAGCUCGGCAGGUUUUUAAGUUUACAAUCAAAUCGCUGGUUCGCAACGACAACAACAAAAGGACAAAGCGCGCUCUCCGGUCCACGGAAAUCGACAACAACUACAGCAACGGCAACAACAACAUUAGCCGCCAGUGGCAGCAACAAACAACCAACAAUAACAACAAAAUAAAGCCAUUACCUAAAUAGUUGGUUUGUUUUCCUUUUUUUUCCAAGUUCCAAUCCUGCAAAAUAGUUGACAUUUUUUUUUCGGUUAAAUAAUACGAACGUCAAGCAAACAAAGCAAAAAUAAUAAAUUAUAAAAACGAAACAAAUACGACAAACAAAAAACAUAUUAAAAUACUUAUGGCAAACUUUUGAAUAACCGAAACAAAAGCAACUACAAAAAUUGCAAAGUAAAACGAACUUGCGCAGCGCAAAAAAGUUUGCCACUAAAAAGCAAUAGCAGUCAAGUGCAACAACAACAAAUAACAAAUAACAACAACAACAACAAGAGGUAGAACAACAACAGCAACAACAACUAGGGAGCCACAACAAGAGAACAACAUGGGAAAAAAGAGCUCCAAGUUGAAACAGGAUACCAUCGAUCGCUUAACAACGGACACAUACUUCACAGAGAAAGAAAUACGUCAAUGGCACAAAGGAUUCCUGAAAGACUGCCCCAACGGCCUGCUCACGGAGCAAGGCUUCAUCAAAAUAUACAAACAAUUCUUUCCACAAGGCGAUCCCAGUAAAUUCGCAUCGCUCGUCUUUCGCGUCUUCGAUGAGAACAAUGAUGGCUCCAUUGAGUUUGAGGAGUUCAUACGCGCCUUAUCCGUCACAUCGAAGGGCAACCUGGACGAAAAACUGCAGUGGGCCUUCCGUCUCUACGAUGUGGACAACGAUGGUUACAUAACGCGGGAGGAGAUGUACAACAUAGUGGAUGCGAUCUACCAGAUGGUGGGACAGCAGCCGCAAUCGGAGGACGAGAACACGCCGCAGAAACGAGUGGACAAGAUCUUCGAUCAGAUGGACAAAAACCACGAUGGCAAAUUAACAUUAGAAGAAUUUCGUGAGGGUAGUAAAGCUGAUCCACGUAUAGUUCAGGCGUUAAGUUUAGGUGGUGGUUAAAUCGAUUAACAAUGGCCGAUUACCGAUAACAGACCCGAUUCCAAUUCCACAAAAACCAAGCGCGCAAUAAACUGAAAUAAAAAGAUAUUGAUACUGCAAGUUGAUCGAAACCCGCUUAAACAAAAAAAAAAAAAAAACAACAAAUUAAAUAAAAAAGUAUGGAAGUUUGUGGGUGGGGGCAGGCUGGUACGGUGCCACGCCCCCUGCCGCUUCGUUUGCAUUCGCUUCUCCACUCUUCACUUUCUCUUCUCUCCACGCUUUUCUCAAUUCUCAAUUCUUGAUUCUCGAUUCUCCGCGCGUCGCUUGCGACACUGAAGAUGAUAAUAAUUUUUUGAUAUAUGGAUAAAGAAUAACUAACGAGAUGGAAAUCCAAACAAACGAACCGAAAAGAAAUGAAAAUGAAAAGAAAAAACAAAAAUCGAAAAAAUACCGAAAAUGAAAUUAAUUUUUAAAUAUACACCAGAAUAUAAAUAUAUAGGAAAUCAUGGCGUAGUCAGAGCGCAGUUCAUAGCAAUAAUGGAAAAACAAAACGAAGAAAAAAAUGUCGAAAGAUAAAUAAACUAAUACUAAUUUUAAAUUAAAUCGAAUGGCGCGGAGGCGCAAAUCAAUUUUUGAAGCAUACACCAAUUACGAGUAAACUAAUUAAACCUACGACUAAAUCAGCAUAACUAUACUAAACAAUUAAACGAUACAAUUAGAGCCGAACUAAGCCUACGCAUCAAUUGUGCAGCCUUCGAAGCAAAGCGAGUUAUAUAAACUCGAUCCGAGUCAGCUAAUUCCACUCACGACAGCCAACAGCAGCCACUAUAUCCACACUUAAUAUAUAUAUAUAUAUAUAUACACAUAUAGAUACAGUAUCAAUCCGAUAAGUGGCCGCAGACAGGACGAACAGAGUUCAGAGUUCACAGUUUAGAGGGCGUCGCACAGCAGAGGGGAGCUAGCUUGAAAAUAUCAUAAAAAUGAAACACUUUAACGAUUACGAGAGAUACUUACACAUAUUACCCACUUCCAAGUGCAUUCACUUUGGCUUAUUUGAAUAAUCGAAGAUGAGGUAUAAUGAGAUUACACCACUUAAUACUUUCUGAUUACCAUCAAUACUAACACGCCCAUAAAUUAGUGCCAGUGUCGAUUUGAUCACUUAAUUGCGGCAACACUCAAGUUUUUGCAAGUGCAUGUAAAAGGAAUGCUUAGCUAGAAGGUCUCUCUGUUCAUAGGAAAUUUCCUUUUAUUCCAAUCACUUCGGUACCCCAACUUCCGAUAUUCAAUUGCUUUUAUUGACCAGGACUUGUUUGAGAAAUGAAAGAGGAUUUAUGAGCAAGUUCCAUAACCAACCAGCACCAGCAGAAGUGUGUUUAUUUUCAGGCUCAAAUGCGAGGCAAUCCAUGUACUUUCAAGCCAGCUGCCUUGCAGUCAUGAAACGCACCUUGAUCGGCUUUUAUGCAGCUCCCCUGCGAAAAGAGAUUAAAUCUGCAGAUGAGUUUCGCCAGCGUACAAAUAGUGUUGCAUACCCAACAGGCGCAGAAAAGUGUUUGCUUUCGUUUGCUCGCUCGCAAUCUCUCUCUCUCUCUCUUUCUACCUCUAUCUAUAUUUCUUUCCCUCUCUCUCUCUCUCUCCAUCUCUCUCUCUAUCUGUAUAUUCUGCUUUGCCUUGUUUUCCGUUAAGCGUUAUACGUUCCCAACAACAAUAACCAAUCCAAACCAAACCAAAACCAAACCAUAUUUACAAUAACAACAAUAACAACACGAACAUAUUGACAAUAGGCGGAGCAGGAUGAGCACAGAAAAAGGAUAUCCAAAGGUCUUGAGAACAGUGCCCAGAAAUCCAUGAAUCCAUGAACCCAUGAACCACAGCUCCAGAAGUCCAGAAAUAGCUGCGAAGUGAAGACAUUAAUAAAUGAUAAACUAAUCAAAGAACGCACAGCUACAACCAGAGCCACAUCAACAGCCAGAACAUGAACAUAUAUAUAUAUAUAUACACAAAUGUAUAUCCAAUAUCCUCGAGACGCAGCAGAAGCAUGGAAGUUGGAGCAGUUAGGAUAUAUAUAUAUAGAUAUAUAUAUAUACGAGUAUAACAAUGAAACAAAUCCAUCAUACGAUUUAAUUUCUAUUCUAUAUGCGGUUCAGCUUUAUUAUUGCAUUGAUUUUUCAAUAAACCAGUCAACCGUUUUACUAUUCCGAUGACUAUCUAUAAAUACUGAAUCUCCCGCUUUCUCACGCCCCCCACCACCCCCUGCCAAAAAAAAAAAAAAAGUACAACCCGUUUAGUCGCCUUUGUGUAAUCUAGAUCUAGGGAGAUUUCGGACUCCCUGAAAACACACAAGCACUAACACUCACCCAAACACACACACACACACACUCACACGCUAACACACAUACUGUAUAUCUAUAUAGUGCCUAUGUAUGUAGUAGUAUUUCUUAUGAUUUCGCCUGCUUUGCCUUCUUUGAGAACGAACAUUCCCAAUUGAUCGAUUUACGUUUAUCUUUUCCUAUGCUUUCCAUGUAUUUAAUCACCGAUCUAAAAGAAUAAAUACGAUACAAAUUCAAAAGUCAAAUGCCGUGCAAUCCAAACACUUUACCCCAAACACACACACACACACAUAGCCACAUGUAUGUAUAUAUAAAUAUAUAUAUAUAUAUAUGUGUGUAUGCCUAAACUUAUAUAUACUCUAUAUAGUAAGCACAGCAAUCGAAAGCAAGUUAAGGAACUAUAAAAAAAAAACCAAAAAUCGAAUACAAAAACGCUUCUAUAAACCUCACUGAAAUUCUUCGAAGAAACAAACUGAAAGAUACAAGAUAUAGUACACACACACACACAUACGCAAACUGACACACACCCACACUCACAGACAAACACACACUUGUACGAGUAUAUUAACAAUAAACGUAAUGCGAAAAUUAAUCAAUAAUUAAAUAAUUCGAAAGUGAUAUAGCUGACAAAACAAAUGUGUCUGUAGUAGUCUAGUAGUUAAAAGAAAUUGAAACGAAUCGAAACGAAACGAAAAAAAAAAGAAAUUUAUAAAUAAUAUUAACUAAACUAUUAUAUGUGACAGAUUAAAUUGGAGGCGACGGGGAAAACGCAACGCAAUUUUCACGUUGACCGCUCUUUUUUUUUUGUAAGCAGGCGGCUGAGGCGGAAAUAAGAAAAUCAAAUUGUAAAUAACACUAAGUGAAUCACGCACACCACACCAAGACACACCCUCACACACACACACAUACACAAACACACAUACCCACGCGCAUACCCACUUGCACACUGACAGAAACGAGGAGUACCGAAUAAGUUUGUUAACACCAAAAUAUAACGGGUCUUAAGUAACGAAAAAUAAUUAUAAUAAUAAUGCGAAAAAUGCAAAUAUGCAAAAAUGCAGCAGAGAAGUAAAAUCAUAAAAACAGUAAGUUAGAGCAAGGAAUUUUUUUUGUGGAUCGAAUUGGAUGGGUUUGCAAUGAAUCAAGUCAAUUGUAAUAGCCGACAAAAAAAGAAUACGAGAAUUAUGAAAUAUUUAUAUUAAUUUACAAUGGGCCGGCGAGUGAAGCUUUUCCCGCAAAAACACUGAAAAGCAGUGAAAAACAGUGAAAAGCAGUGAAAAACCAGUAGCAGAAGUCGAAGAUGAGUUUCUUUCCACCGCCGUUGACAAACCACACGAAUGUCAAGUUAAACGUUUCACAAGCAAUAUUUUACAUACUUAUACAUGCAUUAUAUACACAUAUAUACUUAUAUAUAUAUAUAUAUAUAUGGGUAAAUAUAUAUAUAAAUAAAUAUACGAUAAUAAAUAUAUACAUAACUUAUAUACACACUCCGCAAUAACGAGUCGACCGGCUAAAUAGACAUAAUAACUAUAAUAAAAUAUUGCAUGGCAGAUACACAGAUAUCCAAAGCGAAAUGUCUGAUAAUGCGUAAAUAGGAGUUUAAAUCAGAUGAUAGCGGCAGAUAGUGGGGAAUUAAUAACAUUUUUAGUGAUAUUCUUUAGCAAACUUGAAUCUGAUUUCCUUGCUAAGAACAAAACGAAAUGUAUAAAGUCGCAAAGAAUUCAAAACCAAAGCCGAAAAUGUAACGAAAAUAACAUCAGUUUAAGCAAAAGGUCGUAUAUUUUACAACAAAAAAAAAAAAAAAAAACAAAACAAAACAAAAACAAAAGCAACCAAACAAACGAAACGAAAUGAAAUGAUAUGCUAAAAAAGCGAAAAAAAACCAACAAAAAAUGAAACCAAUUUUUUUCUCCCAUUUACCUUGACUCGACUUUCAUUUUGUUCGAUAUAUCCUGUGUACUACUCUAUUUGCCUUUACUUACCAUCAUUAUUAUGUCGAUUGUUAUUAUUAUGAUUAUAUGGCAACGUCGAUGAUAACAAUUAUUGUGUAAACCAAAACAACACACAUGCAAAACGUAUAAGAAACAUGAAAACAUAAACAUGAAAUGAAAACUUUAUAGAACAUACAAAUGAAAAUCAAAUUCUUUUACCAAGGAAGAAACUUAAUUAUUUUUUUUUUUUAAGUAAUCGCCUAAGGGGGAAUGGAAAAUUUAUCUUGUUACUGUCAAACAAAUAUUACUUACUUCAAAUAAAAAUUUUAAAGCGAGCACCAUCGUUACCAU